AUGGCAGCGAAAUCCGAUGGUCGGGGGGUCAUCCGGGGAUUCGCCCAGCUGCACAACCUGGACGAGGUGGUGGGGACCGGCGAGGGCGACCCGAGGGAAGGCAGCUCCUUCCACAUCUGCCACUGCUGCAACACCUCGUCCUGUUACUGGGGCUGCCGGAGCGCCUGUCUGCAUUACCUCCACGACAAGAGGAGAGGCGGGGGAGGACAAGAGGACGCGCGGACGGGGCGGCCUCAGCAGGUGGAGCGCCUCUGGCUGGACUGUCUGUGGAUCAUCCUGGCCCUGUUCGUGUUCUUCUGGGACGUGGGGACGGAUCUGGCGCUGGCCAUCGACUACUACCACAAGCAUGACUACCUCUGGUCCGGACUCACCCUCUUCUUGGUGCUGGUGCCCUCGGUGCUGGUCCAGAUCCUGAGCUUCAGGUGGUUCGUGCAGGAUUACACUGGGGGUGGUCUGGGCUCUGUGGAAGGGCUGAGCAACCGGAGAGCUACGGCAGGGCUGAGUGCACAGGGAAGGGACAGGUGCUGCCUGCUCUCUGUGUGGCUGUGGCAGACCCUCAUACACAUCUUCCAGAUGGGACAAGUAUGGAGGUACAUCCGUACCAUGUACCUGGGCAUCCAGAGUCAUCGUCGGAAGGAGAACCAGAGGCGGUUCUACUGGGCCAUGAUGUAUGAGUACGCUGACGUCAACAUGCUGCGUCUGCUGGAGACCUUCCUGGAGUCAGCUCCUCAGCUGGUCCUGCAGCUCUGUAUCAUGAUCCAGAGGAACCGGGUCGAGACCCUGCAGUGUAUGUCUGUGCUGGCCUCUCUCCUGUCCCUGUCCUGGGUGCUGGCCUCCUAUCACAAGCUCUUGCGUGACUCCCGUGAUGACAAGACGAGUCUGAGCUACCGUGGGGCCCUGGUACACCUGUUCUGGCGUCUCUUCACCAUCUCUUCCCGGGUCCUCUCCUUCGCCCUGUUCGCCUCCGUGUUCCAUCUCUACUUCGGCAUCUUCGUGGUGCUGCACUGGUGCGCCAUGGCCUUCUGGGUAAUCCACGGUGGCACCGACUUCUGCAUGUCCAAGUGGGAGGAGAUUCUGUUUAACAUGGUGGUGGGUGUGGUCUACGUGUUCUGCUGGUUCAACGUGAGGGAGGGUCGGACGCGCUACCGUAUGGUCACCUACUACACCGUGGUGCUACUGGAGAACGCCGUGCUCACCGCGCUCUGGUACGCCUACCGCGACCCCGCCACCACCGACGCCUACGCCAGCUCCGCCCUCUGCGGCGUCUUCUUGUGCUUCGCCUCAGGCGUGGCCUGCAUGGUGCUGUAUUACGGGGUGUUGCACCCCAUGGGCCCCGGGCUCCGGGUCCUGGCCUCCUCCUGCUGCGCUGAGCUGCUGUGGGGCCUCCCCUUGCCCCCCGAAGCCGAGCCCAUGGCCCCCACCCCGGGCCCCCGAGCCUCUCAAGCCACCCCAACACGGGCCUUUGCGGGGGAUUACAAUGGGCAGGAUGAUGAGGCUACGGACACCUGUCUGCCUGUGUUCCAGGUGAGGUCCACGGAGCCGGUGGAUGCGGCCGGGAGACCCAUCCGGCCAGAGGGGCCCCUCAUCAAGAUAGAUAUGCCCAGAAAGCGUUACCCGGCCUGGGACGUACACUUUGUGGAUCGACGGCUCCGCAGGACCAUAAACGUGCUGCAGUACAUCAGCCCCAACGCGGCGGGCAUCAGGUAUAGGGAUGGGCCGCUCCUAUAUGAGCUACUGCAGUACGAGUCCUCUCUCUGAAGGAAAACUCUCCUUCCUUCUCCCCCACUCCCCCACUCCCACUCCCCCUCUCUCUCUCUCGCUCUCUCUCUCUCUGUCUCUCUCCUCUCUCUCUCCUCUCUCUCUCUCCUC